UGUACAUAUUGGCGCCAUUUUGGAGCUAGGAGGGGGAAGAGAGCUGCAGAGGAGGACACGAUUGAUCACAAUUCACCGUAACGGGCAGUGAAGAGCUAAAGAGGAUGGCUCACUCUAAAGCUCGAGUCACAGACGGGAAGGUGACCUACCCCCCGGGGGUCAAAGAAAUCUCUGACAAAAUCUCCAAAGAGGAAAUGGUCCGCAGGCUCAAGAUGGUUGUAAAGACCUUCAUGGACAUGGAUCAAGACUCUGAGGAAGAGAAGGAGCUGUACCUGAACCUGGCCCUCCACCUGGCCUCAGACUUCUUCCUCAAACACCCAGACAAAGAUGUGCGUCUGCUGGUGGCCUGCUGCCUCGCAGACAUAUUCAGAAUAUAUGCUCCAGAAGCACCCUAUACAUCUCCAGAUAAGCUAAAGGACAUUUUUAUGUUCAUCACAAGACAGCUGAAGGGAUUGGAAGACACUAAAAGCGCUCAGUUUAACAGAUACUUCUACCUGCUGGAGAAUAUAGCAUGGGUGAAGUCCUACAACAUUUGCUUCGAGCUUGAAGACAGCAAUGAAAUAUUCACCCAGCUUUACAGAACGCUCUUCCAGGUCAUCAACAAUGGCCACAACCAGAAGGUGCACAUGCAUAUGGUGGACCUAAUGAGCUCCAUCAUCUGUGAGGGAGACACAGUAUCCCAGGAGCUCUUAGACACUGUGCUGGUGAACUUGGUGCCCGCUCACAAGAACUUGAACAAACAAGCCUAUGACUUGGCUAAAGCUCUUCUGAAGAGAACCGCCCAGGCCAUUGAACCCUACAUCACCAAUUUCUUCAACCAGGUGCUGAUGCUGGGAAAGACGUCUGUCAGCGAUCUGUCUGAACACGUUUUUGACCUGAUCUUGGAGCUUUACAACAUUGACAGCCACUUGCUGCUCUCAGUGCUGCCACAGCUGGAGUUUAAACUCAAGAGUAAUGAUAAUGAUGAGAGGCUGCAGGUGGUGAAGCUGCUCGCUAAGAUGUUUGGGGCCAAGGACUCUGAGCUGGCUGCGCAGAACAAACCUCUCUGGCAGUGCUACCUGGGCAGGUUCAAUGACAUCCAUGUGCCUAUCAGACUGGAGUGUGUGAAGUUUGCCAGUCAUUGCCUCAUGAACCAUCCAGACCUGGCUAAAGACCUCACAGAAUUCUUGAGGGUCAGAUCACAUGACCCAGAAGAGGCAAUUCGCCAUGAUGUUAUUGUCUCUAUAGUAACUGCUGCCAAGAAAGACUUAUCUCUAGUCAACGAUGCUUUACUUAAUUUUGUUAAGGAGAGGACCUUGGACAAAAGAUGGCGUGUUCGUAAGGAGGCCAUGAUGGGUCUGGCAUCGAUCUACAGGAAGUACUCGCUACAGGGAGAGGGAGGGAGGGAGGCCUCUAAACAGAUUUCCUGGAUCAAAGACAAGCUGCUCCAUAUCUACUACCAGAACAGUAUCGAUGACAGGUUGCUGGUGGAGCGGGUCUUUGCCCAGUACAUGGUGCCUCAUAACCUGGAAACCACUGAGCGGAUGAAGUGUCUGUAUUACCUGUAUGCCACGUUGGACACAAAUGCCGUCAAAGCUCUGAAUGAGAUGUGGAAAUGUCAGAAUCUGUUGAGAAACCAUGUCAAAGACCUGCUGGACUUGGUCAAAAAACCCAAGUCUGAAGCCUCAAGCAAGGCCGUAUUUGCCAAGGUCAUGGUGAUCACAAGGAACCUCCCAGACCCAGGCAAAGCCCAGGACUUUGUGAAGAAGCUGGCUCAGGUCCUGGACGAUGACGAGCGGAUCAGGGAUCAGUUGGAGACUUUAGUCAGCCCCUCUUGCUCCUGCAAGCAGGCUGAAGUGUGUGUGCGAGACAUCACCAAGAAGCUCAGCAGCCCCAAACAGCCCAGCAAUCCUUUCUUGGAAAUGGUCAAGUUCCUGCUGGAGAGAAUCGCUCCUGUCCACAUUGACACGGAGUCUAUCAGUGCUUUGAUAAAACAGGUGAACAAAUCUAUAGAUGGAACCGCUGAUGAUGAGGAAGAAGGCGUCCCCACUGAAGAGGCCAUCAGAGCAGGACUGGAACUACUCAAGGUGCUGUCGUUCACACACCCAGUGUCGUUCCACUCUGCAGAAACAUUCGAGUCUUUGCUGGGUUGUCUGAAGAUGGAUGAUGAGAAGGUUGCAGAGGCUGCGCUGCAGAUCUUCAGGAACACAGGCAGCAAAAUGGAAGAGAGUUUUCCUCACAUCAAAUCUGUUCUGCUGCCAGUACUGCAGGCUAAAGCAAAGAGAGGCCCCCCUAGACAGGCCAAGUAUGCCAUCCACUGCAUCAACGCCAUGUUUACCAACAGGGACACACACUUCGCCCAAAUCUUUGAGCCUCUCCACAAAGGCCUGGACCCUGCUAACAUGGAGCAGCUCAUCACUCCUCUGACCACCCUUGGUCAUCUGGCUCAGCUCGCCCCAGAACAAUUCGCCGCACCGCUCAAAUCUUUAGUUGCUAACUUCAUUGUGAAGGACCUGCUCAUGAAUGAUAGGAUCCCAGGCAAGAAGACGACCAAACUUUGGGUUCCUGAUGAUGAAGUGUCUCCAGAGACGAUGGCUAAGAUCCAGGGCAUCAAGCUGAUGGUGAGGUGGUUACUGGGAGUGAAGAACAACCAGAGCAAGUCAGGCAACUCCACCCUAAGGAUGCUGACUGCCAUUCUGCACAGUGACGGAGACCUGACAGAGCAGGGCAGGAUGAGUAAACCUGACAUGUCAAGGCUGCGGCUGGCAGCAGCAUGCGCCCUCCUGAAGUUGGCACAGGAGCCCUGCUAUCAUGAAAUCAUCACGUUGGAGCAGUAUCAGCUGUGUGCUCUGGUUAUCAAUGAUGAGUGCUACCAGGUGCGACAGUGUUUUUCCCAGAAGCUCCACCGAGGCCUGUGCCGCCUCCGUCUGCCUCUGGAAUACAUGGCAGUAUUCGCGUUGUGUGCCAAGGACCCUGUGAAAGAGAGGCGGGCUCAUGCUCGUCAGUGCCUGGUGAAAAACGUCAACAUACGCAGAGAGUACCUCAAACAGCACGCCGCCAUCAGUGAUAAACUGUUCUCUCUGCUGCCUGAGUAUGUGGUGCCCUACACCAUCCAUCUGCUGGCACACGACCCUGACUACGUCAAAGUACAAGACAUUGAGCAGCUAAAAGAAAUCAAAGAGGCUCUGUGGUUCGUCCUUGAGAUCAUUAUGGCCAAGAAUGAGAACAACAGCCACGCCUUCAUUAGAAAAAUGGUGGAAAACAUCAAACAAACAAAAGAUGCACAGUCCCCCAAUGACUCCAAAACUAACGAGAAACUCUACACAGUGUGUGAUGUUGCCAUGCACAUCAUCAUGUCAAAGAGCACCACUUACAGCCUGGAGUCCCCCAAAGACCCCACGCUGCCCUCAAGCUUCUUUACCAAACCCGACAAGAAUUUCAGCAACACAAAAAAUUAUCUCCCGCCAGAGAUGAAGGCCUUCUUCACACCAGGAAAGCCUAAGUCAGCCAACGUUUUGGGAGCAGUAAACAAGCCCCUGUCAACAGCAGGGAAACAGAUCCAGAGUAAAGCUUUUCGUAUGGAGACCGCCAGCAAUGAAGACUCUUCAUCCAACCCAGGAUCCCCACAACGGGGCAAGACCAGGCAUGACAGCACAGAAAUGGAUCACAGUGAAAACGAGGACUUCAGCCUGAAGAGAGCAGACAGCACUGACAAGGAUAUUGAAAAACCCCGUGGUCGCAAACGAGGCGUGACCUCCAGCGACGACCAGGACAGCAAGCCGAAGCGCGGACGCAAGAAGGCAUCAGCAAACACGACAGCUGCAGCUGAGUCUGAAGACCAGUGGGACGACGACAACCGGCCAGAGGACGAACAGAACAGCCCGCCAAAAAAAGGACGCAGGGGUCGGCCUCCAAAGUCCGCUACUCCAAGUCAGGACUCACCUGCCAAAGGAAAGAGAGGGAGAAAGAAGGCAGCCCCUCCACCGGAGGAUGAUGACGAAGAGGAGGACGAGGAGAGGGGGGAGGAGGAAGCAGACGAGGAGGAGGAAGAGGAUGACAGGAGCAGUGAAAAUAUGGAGUUGAAGCCCAAAGGAGGAAGGCAGGCUAGGACACCACGGCGAUCGCAAGGCUUGGAUUCAGCAGAGUCGACACCGCAGAAGAGAAGAGGACGUCCGCCCAAAUCAGCUCAGCCACCUGCCAAGAAGCCAACGCGUGGUGGGCGAUCGAAGGCAGCUGCUGCAAAAGACGACUCUGAGGAGGAGGAUGAAGAAGAGGAGGAGGAGCAGGACGAGGAGCCAACACCUAAGGGGCGGAAGAAGGCAGCAGGACGGAGAAGAUGAGCUGAAAAAGGAAUAUAGGACAAAGGAAAGCGGCGAGUCUGUUCUAAGAGAUGUGGAAGAAUGACGUAGGAAAGAAAAUAUGGACAUUGAACUUUUUAAACUUUUCAUAUGCCGACGCUCCUACUGUUACACAAAUUCACAUACUUGCAUUUACCACAUGCACACUACAUGAGUACAUCGGUUUCAUCAGCUGUGGUUUGUUGCAUUGUGAUGAUGUUAGCCACAUUAGGUAGAAAUAAUUUUAACAGAAAAACAAAAAAAGAUCACCCAUGUAAAUAUUCUCUUCUGUCUGUUUCAUGUUCUGUUGUUGUGUUUGAUGCUGACUGGGGGGAUGCUGUAAAGCCUUUACCCGCUGAUAUUAUUAUUAAAGUGCUCCCAUAAAGCAAUAUUGCUUAUGAAUCAUUCCCUCUGUGUCACAUUUUUAAAAACUAAAAGAGAUUAACCAUUAUCUUUUUGUGACCUUGUGUCAUUUUACUUCGAUAAAAAAUAUGCAUUUUUGUGUUUACAGUUCUGUAUAUUAAACCUUUUUUUACCGUUUAUUAAGAAAUUAAAAAAAUGUCUGAACCCUGUUCAAAUGUAGAGUUGCCUCUGGAGAAGAUUGUAGUGUGCGUCUCAGUUUAAGGUUUGUACUUGCUGGUGUUUGAAAGUCCUGAGCAGCUGUGGUUUUAGUGUUUGUCACUGCUGAUUAACUUGGCCUCACAUCCACCCAGUCAGAUCCUCUGUUGUAUCAAUAUAAUUCUCUAUAAAACCUGAA